UCUGCGAUGUGGACGAACUGGAAAAACAUCUCCUACCCAGGAAGAGUGGAGAAUAUUUAAAUCUGCUACCGUUUUCUUCAUUUCCCCUGAACAUUUGGAACGUAACCUCUGAAGAGAUCCGUCAUCUCCGCUGAAAGAUGAUCCAUCUCUAGAAAAACUCCUCACACCGCUUUGCGUGCCCCGUUCUGACCUUAUGAGGUUUAAUCAAAGACUCUUUGCCAUGGUCCUCUCUGUUUCACUUCUGAUCCUCUUCUACUUGACCAUAAGUCUAGAGAAGAUCAAUACCACCAGAGUAGCAAACUUCUCAAAGCAGGUGAACUUCACAUCAUCCCCUGUGAACCCUCACCCCCCAGUGAUUUCUGAAGACUUGAGGAAGAUCAUCCCUCAAGACGUUACAUACUGGAACCGCCUGUUUUACUCGGCAGUGACGAACAUUGAGGAUAAUGACAACCCUUCCAGGAGAGCGUACCCCUGGUCGGCCUGCAAGGAGGAGAACCAGGAGGUUCUGAGAAUAAACGUUCAUGACUUUGAUUCCUACCCUCCACUAUUCCAGACUUACCUGAAGGGCAUAAGCUGCAGAUCUCCUCCGAUCCUAAUCAACCAGCUCAGGAAGUGCAACAACCACACCUUCCUGCUUUUUGCUAUCAAGUCAUCCCCCGCAAACUUCGAGAGGAGACAGGCGGUGCGGGACACUUGGGGUCGAGAUGGGGUAUACCAGAACGGACGGAGGGUGCGCUCGGUGUUCUUCCUUGGCAACUACCAGCCCGAUGAUCCAAACCUUGGCGCACUGCUGUCGUUCGAAGCCAAACACUUUGGAGACAUCCUGCAGUGGGACUUCCACGAGUCCCUCCUGAACCUGACCCUCAAAAUGGACAUGUUUCUCCAGUGGACAGCGAGAUACUGUCCACUGGUGUCCUUCGUCUUCAGUGGGGACGAUGAUGUUUUUGUCAACACUGACGGACUGAUCCGAUACCUGGAGUCUUUAGACGCCUCUCAGGCAUCUCAGCUGUAUGUUGGACACGUCUUGGAAUCAGCAAGUCCAAUCAGGGACCCAAGAAGCAAAUACUACAUUCCUCCGACCUUCUACAGCGGGCCCUACCCUGCGUACACAGGUGGAGGAGGGUUUGUCAUCUCCGGAGAGUUGAUACAGUCUCUUUCUUUUGUUUCGAAGCUGUUUCCUCUGUUCCCCAUAGACGAUGUUUACAUGGGUUUGUGCAUGAAGGCACUUGGAAUCACCCCCAAGUGGCAUGAAGGAUUUCAGACCUUUGACAUCAGGAAACAAGAUCGCGGAAAUGUUUGUGUCCACAAGCAGAAUCUCCUCAUACACCAACGAUCCCCAAGGGAGAUUGAAGUAAUGUGGAAGAACAUCCACAACCCCCUGGUGUCUUGUUGAACUGAUGGAUCACCUGCACUAGUUUCCUUUCUUACAAUCUUACAACAGAUGGCUUUGGGGGAAUGUUUUCCGGUUACAGUUUUAGCUGGGUGAGGUUCAUGACUGGCACUCCACCAGAGUUGGAUGUACAAAUCCAACAUCUAAUAUUGUAAUGCUUGUAUUUCAGUUUUGACCUUAACUAAUGUAAGAUUUCAAUUAAGCUUUGAUCAAUUAAAAUUCAACAACAUUAUGGCAAGAAAAAUAAAACAUUUAAUAUGACUUUUUAAAAUUUUGUCUUUUAUUUUUAAAAAUCCGACAGCUUCAAUGGGGAUGAUUGUCAAGAAGAAGAGCAACCUUGAACGGUUUUAUUCCAAGUUCUGACUGGAUUUUUCUUCUUCUUCUUCUGUUUGGUGGUUGGCAAACAACAAAAUUGGUGCAUUACUGCCACCGACUGGUCCGGAGUGUGGACCAGAAUGUCACUCAAGAAUUACAUUUUGUUAUACAACUGUUUAAGGUAACAAAAUAUUAUCAGAUAAAUUUUACUUUUCAAGUUAUCUCUACUUAAAUGAACUAAAUAUCUUUUAACUUUAAUUCUAUUUAAUUUUGGAUCAAUUGUUGUCUUUCUUCCUCAUAAGUUUGCUGACUUUGAAGAAGAGCACAGUUUGUCCUUUUGGGCUCUACAAACAAAAAGGCACAUUUUAAUAAAUUCAAGUAGACAAAGAUGAACAGAUGGACAUAGAAUUACAUCUCAUCUGCCCUUUCCUUUAAUAUCAUGUUGAUUUUUAAAUAAAUACUUGAAGACAACCAAUGUUCUACAGUUUAUUUUAACAGAUCUACAGUAUUGAGAAAAAUGACUGUGUAACAUCAUCUCAACAAACAAAAACUAACGGAUAAACCCAAUGACACACGAGGAAACCUGCUUAUCAGCUGUUGAAAGGGAAAGAUGCAAUGACAAAUAGAGGUCAACUCUCCGUAAUACAUCCUGCUUUUCAAUUUAAUUAAUCUGUUUGAUCUGGAUUUUUAAAAAAGUAGGGCUGGGCGAUAUGGAUUCAAAAUAAAAU